AUGAAGCUUCUCCUUAUAUUCGUCUUGCUUGUUCUGGCCAUUGCUCAAGCUAAACCAAGACGCAGAGAGAGAGUAAAACAUAAACCUGGCUUAGGUGGAUUAGUAUUAACAGAGACUGGUCAGCUGUGCCAUUUCCCAUUCCAUCAUGCCCGCAUGCUGCACCACACUUGUAUCAGAAGAGGAAGACUCAGGCCAUGGUGUUCACUCACAGGGAACUUUGACAAAGACAAACUCUGGUCAUUCUGUGUGGAAGGGUCCAAAGUCACAGAUCAUUGUGAGGACAACCCAUGUGAACCCAGAGGUAUAUGCAAAAACACUUUAAGAGGCUAUAACUGUGUGUGCCAUGAGCCAUACACAGGCAAGAACUGCAAAAAAGAUAAAUGCUUUGAUGCAACACUGCUACAGUACUUUGAGCCCCAGGACAAGUGGCUAAGAUACAAACACCCCAUCUUGGAAGAAUGUACCUGUGGCGAGAAGGAGACUGUUUGCAAAGUAACAACAGGCAUGCGCUGCUCUGACAACUCAUGUCUCCAUGGAGGACACUGCAUUAAAAACAAAAAUAGCAAGGUGUGUGGCUGUACACAGGGAUACAUUGGACCUUACUGUGGGAUAAAUAAAAAUGAAAAUUGCUUCUCUGGAAAUGGCACCAGCUAUAGAGGAACUGCAAAGGUCACAGUGACAGGUACACCAUGUUUAAACUGGGAAUCUGACAUCAUUCAUCAUGAGGUUUCCAUAUACAGCGGACAUCAUGCAAAGAAACAUGGCAUAGGUCCUCAUUCAUAUUGCAGGAACCCAGAUGGGGACAUACAGCCUUGGUGUUUUGUAGAGAAAAAUGAAGUCCUCAGCUGGGAACACUGUGAUAUUCCUCAUUGUCAACAGCCGACAGGCAGCAAACCUCCGACACAAACCAAUAAACCUCCACUACCAACAAAAACGCCCAGUCAUCCCAUUAGCACCACUGUUCCCCACAGUACAGCAGCUAGUAAAGAUGUCAAUCGUGCAAUACCUGUAGAAUGUGGGAAGAGAUUCUUAAAAAGCCCUUCUAUGACGCCACGUAUUGUAGGGGGACUGGUGGCACUCCCUGCUUCUCAUCCAUAUAUGGCAGCCAUCUAUAUAGGAGAACAGUUUUGCGGUGGAUCCCUCAUCUCCUCCUGCUGGGUUGUAACGGCUGCUCACUGUUUAGAUCACAAGCCAAGUGUGAAGACAAUCACUGUGGUGCUAGGACAGAGUCUAUUUAACACUACAGACCAACGUACAGUAAAAUUUCCAGUUCACAAAUACAUUCUUCAUAAACUCUAUUCUGACGAUACUUUUCAACAUGAUAUAGCACUGGUGAAACUGCAAGGUGUAAAUGGAGUGUGUGCCCAGUUCUCCCAGUUUGUACAGCCUGCGUGUUUACCACAGAGCACCAUGACAGCUGCAUCUGCACAGAAUUGUGAAGUGGUUGGUUGGGGUCAUCAGUACGAUGGGGCCGAUCAUUAUGCAUUUUAUCUGCAGGAAGCACAAGCGCCAAUCCUUUCAAGUGCACAAUGCAAAUCUCCUCUUUCUCAUGGUAGUAAGAUAAUGGCUGGUAUGAUGUGUGCUGGCUCCAUGGAAGGAGGUGUUGAUGCAUGCCAAGGAGACUCUGGAGGACCCCUGGUGUGUGAAGUGGACAGCAGAGUGCAGCUAUUUGGUGUUGUUAGCUGGGGGUCUGGCUGUGCUGAGGAGAAUAAGCCCGGUGUCUACACUGAUGUUCCCAAAUACACAGAAUGGAUUUUGACUAACAUUGAUUAGGUUUUUUGGGACAGUGAUACCACACUAGAAAUCACUCAUUAUG